CCAUGUCAGCAGUGCCAUGUCAGCAGUGCCACGUCAGCAACAGUGCCACGUCAGCAACAGUGCCACGUCAGAGGCCCAGCUCUGGGCAUGCCAGGCCAACUGGCCAACGAGUCUAUUGCCGACUACAAACAGCGGUUCCAGACUCAGCUCGCACUAAUCGAGGCUGAGGAACAGCGCCAGCUGGCAGCCGAGGCUGUCCGCCUACAGGCUGAAGCAGCGACAACAGCUGAGAAGCAGCGGCUUCAGGCCGAAGCAGACGCAGAUAUCCAGGCACGCCGCAAAGAAGCCCAGCAUCUGCUACAGCGGCAUGAAGCCACUAGCAUUGAAAAGCUCAGCUUUUGGCACUUUGAAUCAUCCGAGGGGCACGACGACGCAACACCGGAGGAGCAGCACAAGGAAUUCAUGGCCAAACUCGUGACCAGGUUGGUUUACACUUGUAACCACCUGCAGUCCGAGCUUGCGAACCUCCAGCGGGUCGUACGGCACCACAAGGAUGAGCACGAGGAUGCAGCACGGGCACUUGAUUCCCGUCUACAGGACUUGGAGCAAACUGCACCAAGACCGGAGGCUGGCGAGUCCAGUAGUACACCCUCUGCCCGCCAACUGGAGGCAUGCGUCGAUCACGUAGUGGCAAUGCUAGGUGAUAUUAGCACCUUCGCAGCGCCAGCCACCAUCAGCCAGCAAUUGGACACACUGAAGACCGAGAUCAGGCAGCGACAACAGCCGUCUGACCCCGAUCGCAGCACCAGCACGGCGAAGCAUUACAAGAUGCCAACGUUCCGGAUCGAGAAGUUUGAUGAUUACACACAUCAAGACCCGGUCGUUUGGUGGCAAGGAUUCACAACGGAGUUGGGGAUUCAUGAGGUCCCGGAACUUCUGUUCAUCGGCGCGCUGUUCCUUAACGCCAAGGGAGGAUGCCAGAUCUGGCUCAGCCAUAUGGCAACCGUCCACGGCGUCCAGGUCUUCGACCUACACAAGAAGGUCUCCUGGGAGGAUCUGACAAAGGAAUGGAAGAAGCGGUUCAUCGUUGACGACGCCCUGGCGCUCGCCAUCAACCGCAUCUUCACGAUGGCUCAAGGAAACACAGCGACACGUGAUUGGCUCACGGAUUGGCAGAAGAUCGUGGCGACGCCCGAUCUGGACUUGCCAUUUCUGCAUCUGCUUCGAGAUACAAGUACCGCGGCCGUUACGGCUGCUGCUAUUGGUGCAAAGCACCAAGCACAAGACCUCCCUCUGCCAGGAUCAGGGCAAGGAGGAUGUUCGGCCUCGUAUCAACUCGGGAAACCGAGUUCCGCGGGAGGUGAGGCGACUCCACCUCCCACUCCGCCAGAUUCGGCCGCCUUGCUAGCGGCCUCCUACACAUCUGGGGAGGAUGCGAAUGUCGUAAGUUCUCGAUAUGCUUACGAGGACAAUGUUGUCCACUUGGUCCCACCAUUGGACCAACCACUCCACGUGCAACAAUCUACCGCAUGUACGGUUUCAUCACCAUCGGCAACCGCUUCGGCAGCUUCGCCGCCAUCUACCGCCAGGGAUUCAACGUCAUGGUCAAGACUUGAAGAGCUCGACCUGUUGACAUUUGCGGACUUCCAAUGGAUGCCCCUUCCCCGGUCCGGUCGAUUGCCGAAACCGCAUUGCAAUGUGCUCAUGGCACAAUUGCGGGAUUACUUGCACACUGCAGUACCAACUCCGUUGAUGGACGUCGGAGUAGAGGUUGUCGACCUUCACGCCUACAUUGCGAAGAUCGACCGCGAGUUCAAGACACAACGGAUCGACCCAUCCGCCACGAGAUCAAUCCUCGAGGACGGGGCCGUACCUCCGCGCGGUUGCAUCUACCGAAUGAGCGAGGAAGAGUUAAGUGUGGUACGGGUACAACUCGACGACCUUCUAGAGAAAGGCUGGAUACGGCCUAGCUCAUCGCCAUACGGUGCUCCUGUUCUCUUCGUCCGGAAGAAGAACAAGGAUUUGCGGUUGUGCAUCGAUUAUCGCAAGCUCAACGCGCAAACGAUCAGAAACGCCGGCCCUCUUCCACGCAUCGACGACCUUCUCGAACGACUGGGCGGCGCCAAGUUCUUCUCCAAGCUCGACCUCAAGUCGGGAUAUCACCAACUCGAGAUUCGGCAGGAGGACCGCUACAAGACCGCGUUUAAGACGCGAUAUGGGCAUUUCGAAUGGCUGGUUAUGCCAUUUGGCCUUACGAAUGCAGUCCUGCGCACGAUUGUGAAAAGAAUUCGGAUCGAUGUGCAAGAUAUUGUCCGCAACGGGUACUGUUUCUCUGAUGGCAUAGGCCGUAUUUCUAUGGAAUUUGCGGAGGAGAUCACCCUAGAGAUGCAGAGGGAAGAUGUUGCAGGAGACUUGUUUAGAACUCCGUCUGCGUUUCAGGUACGCUUUGCGGGGUAUAAAGGAGUGGUUGCGGUUGAUCCUCGUCAAGGGACUGACAACAGAGAUCUUCAUCCUAGCUUCAAAGGAAAGCUGGCAUUAAGGAAAAGCAUGAAGAAGUUUGAGUCAGUGCAUUGUGAUUUGGAAGUUCUUAACUGCUCCAAGUUUAUGCCGUGCUACCUGAAUAGGCAGAUAAUUAUGCUGCUCUCAACGUCUGGUGUACCAGAUCAUAUUUUUGAUACCAUGCAGAGUGAAAUGCUUGAGCAAUUGGACUGCAUACUGGAGGACAAUCAGGCGGCGCUGGAUGUCCUUGAGAUGACAUUGGAUGAGGACCUCCUUAAACCUGCAAUUGCAAUGCUGAGGGCUGGAUUUGAUCCAAAGAAAGAACCCCAUUUGAAGAGUAUGCUGUUGGCAGUGCGUGCAUUGCAACUAGUUCGUCUCCAAAACAAGGCUCGAAUCUUCGUGGAGAAGGGUAGGUGGAUGAUUGGAUGUCUUGAUGAAUUUGCGAAGCUGGAAUAUGGGCAAGUGUUCCUAAGGGUAUCAGAUCGAGUCGAUAUGAUGGCAAAUGGGUACGACCGUGUGACUCGCCAAAAAUUGCUGCAGCACUGUAGGGGAUUUGUGGAGCGAGGCUCGUUAAAGGUGAUUACAGGCAAGGUCAUCGUUGCAAAGAACCCCUGUCUGCAUCCUGGUGAUGUUCGGGUCGUUGAAGCAGUUGACGAGCCAUCAUUGUACCAUUUAGUUGACUGUCUAGUAUUUCCUCAGAAGGGACAUCGCCCACAUCCUGACGAAUGCUCUGGGAGUGACAUGGAUGGAGAUGUCUAUUUUGUGAGCUGGGAUGAGAAACUGGUUCCGCCAAGUGGAGAAAGCAACGAUCCGAUGGAGUUCACAAAAUCUCAUGCCUCACUCCUCCACCGACCCGUCUCUACUGAGGACAUGUGCGAGUUCUUUGUUGAUCACUUGCUCAGUGACAGCUUGGGCGUGAUCUGUAAUGCCCAUCUUGUUCAUGCUGACAAGAACCCAGAAGGCGCAAUGCAUGAAGACUGUUUGGAGCUUGCAAAGCAGGCAGCUAUCGAAGUUGACUUUCCAAAGACAGGCAAGCCGGCCAUCUUCCCGAGCCGUCUAAGGCCUAAGGAGUAUCCAGAUUUUAUGGAGAAAGAAGAGACGAAAGUAACUUACAUUUCAAAGAAGAUUCUAGGCGUGCUGUACAGGAAAGUGAAGAGGAUAACUGAUAGCGAAGAACUGUGGAAGAAGCUCACCAUUGAUGAAAUAAGGAAUUCUUAUGACGAGGAUUUGGAGUAUGAGGACUUCCGGCGGUUCAUUUUUGAUGCCCUAGAUCCAAAGAGGGCUUACGAUCAAAAACUCCGAAACCUGAUGAAUUCGUAUGAUAUAAAGGAUGAAGGACAAAUUGUCGCUGGGUGUUUCACAAGGCGGAUCGGAUCUUUUCGUCGUGGAACGGACACUCGCGAAGCACUUCGCGAGGAGUAUCGAAAGCUGAGAGAAGAGUUCCGCCAACAGUUCGAUAGAGGAUUUGAAGAUGUGGACGACAGUGAUCAGGAAUUCCUUGAACAUAACCGCAAAGCAUGUGCGUCUGCAUAUUACUAUGUGACGUACCACCCAUCUUUCCUCAAUCUCUUUGAGGCUCUGUGUCAUGGCAACGAAGCGUCCGAACCGCUAUUGAGCUUCCCAUGGGUAGUCUUUGACUAUCUGAUGCAAAUAAAGAUGGCAAAAACUCAGCAGAAGAGGCAGGGAAGAGACAGCCCUUGUAACCUGAACGGGAGGGAGUUGCAGCAUCAUCGUCAAUCUGGAUCAUCACGUGAGCACUGUCAGGCCCAAAUGACUCAAUCCUCCUCAGCAUCAGAUUCUUAUGAACGUUAUACACAGGAUCGGCCAGAGAACGAGCCAAUCAUGGGAUAUCAUGCAGCAAGAAGUGGCCGGCACGAUGUCCAGAAGCACUGCAGAAACUCUGGCGGGCCAGCUGCCAUUCCCACCUUCAAUAAUGUAGGAUGUCCGCCACCCGUUCCCUGUGAUCAGGAGGAACAGUGUCUAUCUCCUAUUUCCAGGGAAAGAAAUGAAUGGCAUUCAUCACCAAUUCCCAGCUCUAGGAAUGGGAGGAAUCGUAGUGCAUCGCCGACUCCGAGUUAUGGUAAAGGACAAUGUCAGGUGUCAUGGUCUGCAGAACGAAGUUCGGGCAGCAUAUCUGAACCAAAUGCGGCGCUUUGUGGCCGUAGUUGUGAGGAGAAUUAUGAAAUGGAUGAAGAUGAAGCAUCCUCGAGUGACGAGCAUGGAUCUCCGCGGUGCGGCGGCAUUGUGGCAUCGAGUCCUAGUAACAGGAGCAUGCUGCAAAUACCAAGUAAUCAGUAUCUGGUCGAGGGGCAGGCAAACGUCAGCCUUGGUGCUGGGAAAGGGGGCACAGAGUGUGAUAAUCAAAGCCUUCCUCCUCCCUCACAGCUGCCAGCCACACAAUUAAGGUUGUCUAAUGGGAGAGGUAUGGCUUAUAAUCCACUUGGACGGUCCUUGUCCGGACAUCAGGAUUCUCAAAAGCCUUAUCAGCCUCCUAUGAUGAUCUUCACCGGGUGAACCGGCUCUUGCCGAACAACAACGGUCUUCACCCAAAUAGAACGCCUGGUCAUUAUAGCUGCAGAAGGAGCAAUUUUCAGUCCAGAUGCAGCAAUAAUGACAGGGCAUUCUAUUCAAGUGAAGAUGGUUGUCAUUGGUGCGUGGAGCUGACACUCGCUGAUGCUGUUCAUCUCCGGCUGAGCAUACUCAGCUCUUAUCAGAGCACGCUCACACUAUCACAACCUGAGAUGUAUUUGACCAUAACGUGGAUAUACCUGACCAUAAUUACGUCCAGAAACAAGUAAAAAAGUCCUGGUGUGAGUAUGGCCUCCGAGCAUACUCACGCUAAGACUUUUUGGACUACGCUCUGGGCGUAAUUACGGUCCAAUACAUCUAUCAUGGUGGAAUUCCAGUCAGAUUCGUCCUGGAAAGUACUCGUGUGAGUAUCCAGUUGUCAGUAUGCGAAGCAGGUAUGCUCUGAGAGCCAGCCCAAGUCUGUGCCGAGCGGGUGGGAGGAUUCGGGCACUAACCAGGAAUGAGAGAUUCCUACACAGUUCUUCAGGACAUCCGUUGAAAUUGGAGCGAUACAGAGAAGAUUAGCAUGGCCCUGCAUAAGGAUAACAACAUGACACACAUAAAUUGAGAAAUGGUCCAAAUUUUUAGCUAUGUACUGGAACAAUUGGUACAAGUACGCGGCGCCUCGGUGGAUUACUACUGCAAGGACAGCCCGAUUGAAGUGUUGGACAGACUCAGUGUGACCAACAAUGAAUGAUUGUGCUAGGCCAGGUUGCCGUGCAUGAAGGAGAGUUCAAAUUUCGGGAUAGUGAGGAUGACUUUGUCCAGGUGUUUCCACCAAGGAGCAAUUCUGAGUUACGGAAUGUGAACUUGACGCUAAGGCAGCUGCAUAAUGCGAACGGAUAUCUGGAAGACCUGGAAGUAUAUGAGUUGCUGGGGUAUCAUGUUGGCUCGGCCCAUGUGUUCGUGAGUUGGUCAGAUGCGUCAAGGAAGGGUUGAUUCCAAAAGAGGUAAUCGAUUACUACUGCAAGGACAGCCCAAUUGGAGUGUUGGACAGAUUCGGUGUGACCAGCAAUAAUUGGAUGAAAGUGCUAGCUCAGCUCAUCGUGUGUGAAGGAGAGUACAAGGUGACUUUGUCCAGGUAUUUCCACUGAGGACCAAUUUUGAGUUACGGAAUGUGAUCAGAUCAUCGAGUGUGAAGGAGAGUACGAGGUCAUCGCGUGUGAAGGAGAGUUUCAAGGUUUGGGAUUGUAAAGAUGACUUUGUACAGGUAUUUCCACCAAGAAGCAAUUCUGAGUUAUGGAAUGUGAACUUGACGCUAAUGCGGCUGCAUAAGGCGAAUGAAUGUCUGAAUAACCCGGAAGUGUAAGAGAUGCUGGGGCAUCAUGUUGGCUCGGCCCAUGUGUUCAGCACCGGAUUGGUAUCUCACUGGUUAGGGGUGAGAAAAAAGGUAAGCGUCUGGCGGUUGGUGGAGAAGUGGUACUACAUUUGAGAGGAUAAGUGGUCGGGAGUGUUUAAUGCAUUGCACAACUUGUUAUGCACUGGCGGUUUGUUCUUGGAUUGGGAGUUAGUGAGAGUAAGAAAGAGAAGUGAUAGGAAACAAGGAAUACGAAACAAAUUUGGAGAAGGUAAUUGCUGAAAGGAGUGGUCAGGCAGUGAGUGACUUCCAUGUGGGGUACGAAGAAAGUACCGAGAGUUGGAGUCGGCAAAAGUACCUAAUAGAUUUCUGGCAAGCGCUUAAAAAUGUGCAUUAAGAGAAGGCAAUAUAGGUUGAUGUCAUUCAUCGACUUCCGGAAGCAGAAGCGAGAAUGGGUGACAAAAGGAAAUACUGCCCCAGGGCUGAAGAAAUAUGUGAUUGAGUUCUUCAAUGGGGGUCCUUAAGUGUUCGAGAAGCGGCACAACAAAAAGAGUCUCUUUGAGUACGAGGACAUUCUAAACUCGUUAGAGGAAACUGUGCUCUCAUUCAAUGCUACAAAAGCCGUACCCAAGUUGGACAAAACGGGUAAGAGAGUUCCUGUCUGGAAGCUUGGCUCAUUAGAGUCAUUACAUAGUUUUUAGUUACGUGUUGGCGGUGGCUGAGGAGUGUGAACAGGUGGGAAGCGUGAGAUUUGAAUGCACCACCAGAGGAGUGUGAACAGGUGGGAAGCGUGAGAUUUGAAUGCACCACCAGAUUCAGCACUGGAAUAUAUGACUUAAAAAGAGAGAGAUUGAUACACGAUAGCUAACCAAAAAAAAAACGAACUAACCAGGCUCCACUUCACUGCCAGAGUCUCGAGGACGAGGGCAUCUUAUGGUGUGUACAGUGAGCACAGGGGCAACCAGUCAUCAGUAUGCAAAGCAGGCUCCAAUCACAUAUCAGGCUAUCCCUGCACUGUGAGCACAGGGGCAACCAGUCAUCAGUAUGCAAAGCAGGCAUGAUCUGAGCACAGGGGCACGGGAACAUCAAGGAUGUCGGAAAAAAGAGUGAUAUCAUCCAACUUGACUGGAUUUGCUGGAGCCAUUGUCAUUCGUUGAACCGGGUCAAGGCGCACCAUGGCAAUCAAUCCUGGCAAAGUGG